GCGCCGGCGAUCUUCACGGCGGACGACGCGCGGCCCAUCGUGCUCUUCGACGGCGAGUGCAACCUCUGCAACGCCGGCGUGAACAUCCUGCUCGACUACGACGCCUGCAGCCGCGACGGCCGCGGGAACCUGCGCGUCGCGGCGCUCCAGUCGACGGUGGGGCGCCUGCUCCUGUCGCGGCUCUCGGCGGAGCAGCGCGCGCGCGCCGUCGACGCGGCCAGCGGCGAGUACAGCUCCAUCGUCGUCGCGGGCCGCGACCGCGCCUGGGUCGGGAGCGGCGCCGUGCUGAAGAUCGGCCGCCAGCUCAAGGCGCCGCUGAAAUGGCUCGCGGUGCUCGGCUGGUGCGUGCCGUGGUUCGCGCGCGACUUCGUCUACGGCCAGAUCUCGCGCCGGAGGAAGCGCUGGUUCGGCGAGGCGGACCAGUGCCGCCUC